AAAACAUCCUUGUAGCCUUUUCUUCAAAUUCUUGUCACAAGGUUUUUAUCAAUCCCUUUAAGCGGACAUACCCGCUGCGAAACUGUUUAAAUACUCCUCCUCUACAACUGACCGUCCAUCGUCCUCUCCCUUCGUAUUCCGUCUUACUUCUCGUACUAUAAUUCCCAAUGCACGCUGUGCCACUGAUCAACCACCCGUGCACCCUAUGCUGCCGGCCCACUUCUAUGUGGUGCAGCCGUUGCCAAAGUGCCUGGUAUUGCACACCCGAACAUCUCAAUAGUGACUGGCCCCGACAUCGGAAAGAAUGCAUGCCGGCCCAGAACGCAUCCGGCGGUUACAGCUUGAACAUGAUCGCGACACCACCUCCAGCAGAGCCACAGUAUAUAACUGUCUCUGCGAUUCUAUUUGACCCGGUGGAGGAGCGUCCACGAAUAAUCUCUGUGACUUGCCGGCCGUCACAUAAGCCUACGGAGGGCAUCUGCCCGGUCCCUAUGGUACACAAUCACUUCCCUGAUGGCCUCUCAGAAGGCAUCGUUCUCACCCAGGGUUUAAAUGGCGAACCGUUGAGAUUCCCUUUGCAUCUCUGGUACUCCCCUACUGCCCUCCAAAAAUCAUCUCCUGUAAAUCGCGCCAUCUACCAUAUAACAUCUGGUGCUGCUCCCAAGGCGUGGUGCGGAGCAGUCAUCGUCUUAAAAUUCAAUGGAUCUCGGAGGCAGGGCUACGCUGAUGCAGGUUCUAAUGACCUUCCAGCACUGUCGGCUUAUUUUCUCGCUUACAAGUAAAAAAGUGUGAGUGCCGUCUACAUCUAUUACAGGACUGUAUGUUGAUCAAACAUGCAGUGUCACGAUUUAUUCGAGUAGAUAUCGCGGCAUCACCUUCAAUCUUCCUUCUUGUACAUAUCUUUUUCUGUAGCAUACUUAUUGUUAUCGAUCUCUCCCGCUAUCCUCGCAUCACGUUUAUCUAUCCGCCUGUUUCAUAAGUAGAAAAUAGACGAAACACUAAUGCACAUCGUAACCU